AUGUGCUCUGGCUGCCGCCGCCUUCAGUGCAUCCUGCUGCUGGCAGCGCUCACCCGGGCGCUGGAUGAGACGGGAGCAGGGAGAUCGCUGCUGCGGUUCCGCCCGCUCCUUCAUGCGGGCUUCUGCUCCGGCGGAGGUCGCACCGCCGCCGCGGAGGAGCCGGGCUGCCCUCCCACCCCGAGCCCGCCCGCCCGGGGGGCCCGCAUGGCGUGCUACCUGGUCAUCAGCUCCCGGCACCUCAGCAACGGGCACUACCGCGGCAUCAAAGGCGUCUUCAGGGGACCGCUCUGCAAGAAGGGCGCUCGCUCGCCGGACUACGCUGAGAAGGAGAAAGCUGCAGCUAAGGCCCUGGAGGAUGUGAAGGCUAACUUCUACUGUGAACUGUGUGACAAGCAGUACCACAAACACCAGGAAUUUGACAACCACAUCAAUUCUUAUGACCACGCUCACAAACAGAGAUUGAAAGAUUUAAAACAAAGGGAAUUUGCUCGAAAUGUGGCUUCAAAGUCAUGGAAAGACGAGAAGAAACAGGAAAAAGCACUCAAGCGACUCCACCAGCUUGCAGAGUUACGGAAGCAGUCAGAAUGCAUCACUGGGAGCGGACCAUUGCUUAAAGCCCCCCGAUUAGUCCUGGAAAAGCAGCAAUCACCAGAUGGUAUUUUCCUGUACAAGGGCAGCAAGUUCACAGCAAAUUCUCAAAGAACCAUCACAAGUGAAGGACAAGGCUUCUCCAAAAGCAUACUAGAGAAACAGCAACUUAUUAUAAGCAGGCACCACCCCCCAGCUGAAAGACACCAUGCACUUGGAAAUCACAUCUCACAAAUGUUCCCAUACAGCAACAGUACCUCUCAAAGGGCAGGAGUGUCUUUUUCAUUCUCUAAAAAGGUCCCUUUGAAGCUUGAGUCAUCAGCAUCCGUCUUCAGUGAAAACUGUGAAGAAGGAAAUGAUUAUAGUGAGUCCCCCAACCAUAAAAAAAAGCAAACUAUUGAGGGCUGUCAUUCUGUCACACUUUUGGAGGAACAACAGAAAGCAAGUUUGGAUAAAGAGCCAUUUAUUACACAAGACCAAAUGGAUUUGGAUAACAGUGCAUCAAGUCAUGUAGCUACAAAACCUAAAAUGCUAAAGGAAAAUGAAAAAAGUAAUGAUAAGGAAUCAGAAGAAAAAUUCAGAGAUAAUCCUUCAUUUUCUAAAGUCAAAAUACCACUUCCAAAUUUUUCUGCUUCCCUGAGAGAAACAGAGAAACAGAGCAAACUGAAUGAAUCUGAGCAAUUCUUAGAAACUCCCAUCUCAUCUUCAUGCCAAGCUAGCAAUUUUUGUACACAGCUGAACACCUACAAGCCCAGUAAUGCCCACCUGCCUGCCCAGUUAUCUGAGCUCCCACGACAGCCAGCACCUGAGCUGACCUGUUCAAGCAACAUUAAUGAGAGUCCUGGAGUGAUAAAAAGAGAAAGAUCUUUGGAGAUUACCGAAACCACAGAUGGAAAUAUGGAAACACUUGAAAAGGAGACCAUGGUUAAAGAAGUUAGGCCCCAGGCAUUGCCUUUCCUCCAUGUAGUGAGCAAAGAUGGCACCACUGCUCUGCAGUGGCCCACAGAAUUACUUUUGUUUACAAAAACUGAGCCCUGUAUUUCAUAUGGCUGUAAUCCACUGUAUUUUGACUUCAGACUCUCUUUAAAUCACAGGGAGGGUAAACAGAAUGAAAUAAACAAAGCAAGCUGUAAAGAGCUCUCUAAAAAUAAGACUGCAGAUGAAUAUGAACCCUCAGGUUUAAUAAAACACAAGCAAAUGUCAAAUGAACAAGAUAAUCAGCUGUUGAAACCAAAGAAGACGAAAGGUUCCCUAAAUCCAAGAAAGGCCAAGCAAAAAGCUGAGUCAGACAUAGGGAAAGAAAUGAAUAAAAAUGGUCAGAAAUGUAUUGCAGACAAUUUGAAUGAAAAUAUACCCAAAGUGCCUGCUUACCUUGAUGUCUCACAAAAGGAUUAUGUGACAGAAAAACGUCUUUAUACAAAAUCACUGAGGAGACCUUUAAAACAUCAUUUCCAUGACUUAGAAGUCACAGAACUAGAAGCUGUAUUCAGAGUAGCACAAUUAAAUAUCGAAGAUGUUCAAGACAUAAACUUUUACAAAGCAGAGACAGGUCUAAACACGGCAGAUGUAGACAUCAGCAUCUUGGCAAAGGGUUUAGCAGGAGUAGAAGCUGCCACAAAUCCAAAAGUGGUUCCACUAGUGAUUCAAGAAGCAGUGAAAGAUCAUCUAGCAGCAGAAUAUCAAGAUGCAGCAGUUCAGGAUCCUCAGUCUAAAAACGUUGCCACCUGCUCUUCCAAAAACCUGGCAAAAGACAUAUGUGGAAAAAGAAAGUCAAUGACAGCCAAGUUACUUUUAGAAAGAGUGCAGUCUAAGAAAACCCAGGAACAAAUGUAUGAUCCAGAGAGAUUUUCAAUCAGUACUGGGAUAGAAUUAAAGGAUCACUCACAAAGUCACUUUGCUCUUCAGUUUUCAUCAUCAGUAGAUGACACUGCAAUGUUACCUUUGCCAGAGAAAGUGCUAAGCAAAGGUAAAAAUGAUAUGAGACAUAAUGAAAUCAGUUUGUUGAAAAACAGUGUGAAGAAAAACAACACUGAAGCAUCAGAGAUAACAAAUGUUACUCUUUCACCUGGAACUGAUUAUGAUCAUUGUGUUCUUAAAGACAUAAUUCAAAUUGAAACAGGCUAUCAGAAUCCAAGCAUAAAAAGGAACACAGCAAUAAAGGAACAAACCAAUCUCUUCAUUAGUGAAGUGCAGCCCUUUAUACAAAGCUGUGAUCCAGUACCAAAUGAUUUCCCUGGUGCUUUUCCCUCUAAUAGAUAUUCUGUUGCUAAUUCAACAGAGACCAAAGAAGAACUACAUGAUGUAAACAUGGACUUGAACCGGGCAGAAGGCAGUUCAGACUCUUUUUGUGACAGUGCUAUGCAGAGGUAUGGUGAUACACUAAAUGACCUAGAAGUGUACAGUAAACCCACCUCCCCUCCUUUAACACAGCAGCCUAUCACAUUUACACCAGAAGAAGUAGACAAAUACAGGUUGCUGCAGCUGCAAGCCCAGCAGCACAUCCAGAAACAACUUCUGGCAAAACAUCUGAAAGUUUUGCCUGCCCCAGGACCAGCUGCCUUCUCUGCAACACCAGCAGUUCCUGCCCUCCCUGUUCAGCAGCAGGCUACUGUCACCACCAUCCACCACACACUGCUGCAACGCUUUGCUGUCUCAGCAUCUGUGCACUCCCACGGCAGCCAUCUCUCCCUGGCACCCCUCCACCCCCUCUCUCAGGCACAUUUUGCCCCCAUAUCACUUUCCCCAUUAGCGCCGGCCCUUAUUCCCACCCACCCUGCUUUCCUGACAGGACACCCACUGCACUUGGUUUCUGCCACUCCCCUCCACCCUUCCCCACUGACCUUCCCUGCACUGCCACACGCUGCAUAUAUCCCAGCCUUAUUUACACCACACCUGAACACAGUCACACCUUCUGCUAUACACCCAAAUCACUUAGUGCAUCCCUUAUUCCAAGGACAAGAGCCUCAUCACUAUUCUUGUUCUAUCCAGACCCAACAGUUACCUACAGCAAAAGAAGUUUUCAGUGUUUCUAGCUACUUAAACUAG